AUGCAAGAGGAUAUACAAUUAUCUGAGUAUUUUGAUGUAAAGUCCACGCGGCAUAGCGGGCGUACGUGCUUCGCUAACCAGGACUUAAAGAAAGGAAUGACGGUUCUACAACUUCAAAGGGCAAUCGGGUCAACUAUAUGUUAUGGAUUCAGAAAGGAAGUAUGCCAUUACUGUUUUCACUACGAUCAUGGAAAGACGAUGAAGAUUAGGGUUAACUCUGAGCAGGCUGAAAAGCUGGGCAUGAAAGUUCACAGGACGUUUACCGGAGCUGGUAUGUGGUUUUGUAAUGAGCUGUGUAGAGACGAAUUUUUAAGUACGAAGCACAUAAGUGACUUGCUAGAAGUGUUUGAGGCAAUAUCCAGUAGUUUACAGAGAUGCAAACGGAACAAAAAGGUUAUGGUGGAGGAAGGGACGGUAGACGGCGGGGAUAUUAUUACUUCUUCGAGUAUUGAGAGGGCUUGGGAUAAGGUAGAAAAGAAAUGGAUACCGCAGAUCAACGGCGUAAAAUUACCUGCUAGACUGGAGGCGAUGAAGGUGGUUCUAGAUGAGGAACAUUACUCUUGUGCCCGGUUUGUGGCGGAAUGCUUAUUUAAAUUAAAACAUAUGGAGCGGGAUUCACCAAUGUAUAAAUCUUUUAUGAAUCUUCAGUCUAAUGAACUGCAGAAAAUAUGUGAAUUCCCAGUGUUACUGAAGUUCCAAACGGAAGUUUAUAUGUUCUUGUAUGUCACUUUGCCUGAAAACUUGAAGUCUCUAAUGACUCGGGAGUUGUUUAGAAAGAUAUUGGGAAGCGAGUAUGGGAAUUCCUUUGGAAUAUGGCAAGAAAAUGAAGCAUUUGAUAAUCGAGAAUAUCUAGGCUAUUGGAUGCUUCCAGAGGGGUCAUUUUUCAAUCAUUCUUGUGCACCUAAUUUGUCAAAAAAACGUAUCGGAAAUGUAAUGAACUUUGUGCUAAACAAGGAUGUAAAGAUGGGAGACGAACUGUGCAUAGAUUACAAGGGUAUACUGGAUCUUCCAAUACAUCAACGUCGUAAAAUUUUGAAAACAAAUUGGUUUUUCGAAUGCCAAUGUAGUAGGUGUAGCCUAGAGUUGCAAUCGAUCCAUUAA